AGGUGUCGUUAAAACCUGCAGGAGAAUUUUUGGGUCUCGCUGUCCCUGGUUUGGCUGAAGGAAGACCUUCGCUUCUGAUUGGCGAUCGAGUGAUACUGUGUGUUAGCGGUGAGUUUUCUGUGGAAAAAACUUGGCUAUAGCGCCUCAUUUUUCAGCAUACUUUUCCGUAAUAAAAUAUGCCGGUAAUGAACGCUUUCUUGUUUAUUAUAUAUUAUAUAUUACUUGUUUAUUAUUACGAAGAAUAUAUCCGAUUUAAUACGAUUUGCUGUUUCAUUUAGGAGCUUCAACCAACUCUUCAAAAUAUGAAGGCUUUAUUCAUGAGGUAUAUGCACGUCUUCCUCAAUAAACUGGAAUUAAAUUGUGAAAUAAAAGAUGUUUAAUUAAGAUAAGCUGAGUACCUAAGUUAAUAUUUUAAGGUACUGAGUAGCGAGGUCUUGCUAAAGUUUCACGAAGAUUUUCACUCCACGUAUGAUAUGGACUCGUACAAUGUCAUGUUCUUUUUCAACAGGUAUAGGAUCCUUGUACCUGUCACGUUUUAGGAAGAGUUACUCUUUUUAGACUUUUGUAAUUUUGUAUUCUUUUGUAUUUUAAACUUAACCCUAAUCCUAUCCCUAAUCCUAACACUUUCCCUAAUCCAAAUCCAAACCCUAAUCGUAUAACCCUAAAAGUCUAAAAAUAGUAACUGUUCCUAAAUUGUGACUCAUACGCUAAAUGUAACUGGGCUCUCUUGACGUUUGAGUUUGGACCAUGCAGAAAUACGAAACAACUCAUUUUUUUGAAAAGUCAAUAUAUUUCUCUUCUACCUUAUCUACAGAACUACGCUGAGAAGGUCUCAUAAAGCAGUUGAAUCGGCAAAAUAUUUAGGAGAUCAGGGUAAGAAAAUUUCUAGAGAUAGACCGGCAAGUGCUCUUUGCCGUAUGGCUGAUAACUGGAUAGCCGGGCCAGCCCGACUUCUUAUUUAUUAAUUAUUUAUUAACUUCACAACCAUGAGUACUAUAAAAUGAUUACAAAUAAACUUUUGGAAAAAAACUGGGCAACACUUAAUUUAAAUAUGGUUGAAGAUAUAGUCAACAGCACAUGAGUCCCAUGUGAAAACCAACCUGGCAAAAAGUUAUCUAGUAGACAUAAAUUAAAGACAAGGGCUACAACACUAUUUACAUUAUACUGUGUAUAUAAUAUAGGACAGCUUAAGAGCCAUAGCUUAAGUUGAAAGAACGGCAUUUAGAGCAAUACGUUUUCCAAGUGCGCAUUUUGUUUUAUACAUCAAAAGAAGAAUCUGAGUAGUGAGUAUAGAGUUGAUGCUUAGAGGAGGAAACAGACGAACUAUUGCGAAACAAACAAACAUACAAAGAGCCUCUUAGCUGUACAGUAACUAUAUACAUGCAGACCUCUGACAAUUCGGUUUCUUUUCCUAUUAUCAGUUCUGUUUCCACGUGAAGUCGUGCCAAAACUACCACAAGAGUCGAAGAAAGACAAAGGGCUGUUCAAUGCAAAGCUAAAUGAACGUCAGCGUGCUGCUGUAUCGAGGAUUUUGAUUGGCCAGUCUCGACCAAUGCCGUACGUUCUUUUUGGCCCGCCAGGCACUGGUAAAACUGUCACUCUGGUUGAAGCAAUACUACAGGUCGGUGGAGUUAGGUUAGGAUUGUGGUUUAAGAUUAGAAUCACGGCUAGGAUUGGGAUGUGGAUUAUGCUUAGAGGAGGUUAGGAUUGUGGUUUAGGAUUAGAAUCACGGCUAGGAUUGGGAUGUGGAUUAUGUUUAGAGGAUUAGGGUUAUUUAAGGAUUAUGAUGAUUUUGGGAUUAUGGUAGGAUUAAUCUAUUCAGUACAUGCCAGCACUAAUCCCCUUGACGAAUAAACCGUCUGGCGUUAGACAGAGUAAAAUAACAAAGUAGGGUGCAUUCGGGUGCAUUGCAAGUUAGCAAAUUAAAAAGGGUUAACAAGACACAUGAGCAGAUAAUCUGAUUAGCCCAUAAAGUGCAAGCACUUCCCCCUUGAAUAAAAUAAUAAAGUACCGGUAUGCUGUAUUAGGACACAGUGCGCCUUAAAGGGUUAAAGUGUAGAUUAGGAUUAGAAUAAUGCCUUAAGGGUUAGGAAGAGCUUUGGGAUUAGAAUUAGAGUCUUGGGAGAAUUCGUAAGCGAGAGGUGUACGUAAAAACAUGUAAAAGAGAAUAGACAAUUCUCAUUAUAUUCCAAUUAUAUUAUUUUAAAACUAGGCAAGGAGAUGCAAAUAAAUCACCACAGCUAGAAACGUUUGGUUGCGAAAUGUUGUAAAAUGCGGAAAAUAUAGCCUUGCAAAAUUUUCAAAUUUUGUAUACUUUUGUAUUGCGUGCGGAAAUUGCUACCAUUUUCGGCCCAAAUGUGGUAGGAAUGUGGUAGGAAUUUCCGCACGCAAUACAAAAGUAUACCAAAUGCAAAAGUAUACCAAGUACACGCAAUACAAAAGUAUACCGGAACACCACCGGAGCACAACCGGAACACCACCUAACCCUAACCCCAAUCCUAACCCCAAACUCUAAUCCUAACCCUAACCCUAAACAAAAUGGUGGUGUUCCGGUGUUACGGUGGUGUUCCAGUGUUCCGGUAGUCAGUGUUUUACUACAUGCCAAAUUUGCGAACUUUACAAGGCUAUAUUUUCCGCAUUUUACAACAUUUCGCCACCAAACUUUGUAAUUUUACUAAUUUUAGUAUGUUCUUUCUAGCUGUGGUGAUUUAUUUGCAUCUCCUUGCCUAGUUUUAAAAUUAGUCUAUAAUGGGAAUUGUCUAUUGUUUGUUUUGUUAUGUAGAUAUUUCAUCGCAUCAGUUCGAGUCGUAUUCUGGCGUGUACUCCGUCCAACAGUGCCGCCGAUCUCAUUGUAAGUAUAUUCACACUUUGGCAAAGUUUACGCAUACAUGUCGUAGAUCACUAAGAGAAGAGGGGGAAGGAGGGAGGUGGUAGUUGCCUUGCGGUGAACGCUUUUCCCGUAUUUACUCGUAUUAUUUUGGCAGACAUUUUCCCCGCCAUUUUCGCAUGCGCUUUACGUUUGACCAUUGUGUCCACUGGACUAGGUUUUAAAGAUAGGCUUGUUUUCCUUAUUUUCAGACAGAACGUCUUCACCACAGUGGUGGUAUCACAGAAGGUGACAUGGUUAGACUGAAUGCCUUUCAACGUCAACAAAAUAUCCCUGAAGACAUUGAGAACUACAGCACGAAUAUCGAGAAACUGGAUGUCGCUGCUCAUUAUCGCGUCGUGAUCUGCACCUGCACUACUGCUGGUCAGCUGCAUACACUAGGGCUCGCCCCAGGACAUUUUACACAUGUCAUCAUUGAUGAGGUUUGUUGGAUGGCUGUCCAUUUAAAUGUCUUAUGAUGGCGUCAGAAAGGCCCAUUUCCACUUGGGAAAAAUUUUCGUAGAAAGAAAAUUUUGUAAAAUGUGAUUGGUCGACGCGAAUUUUCCUUUGGAAAAAAAUUUUAUUGAAAAUUUGAUAUUUUCGGAAAAUUUUCUGUCCGUGGAAAUUUUCUUUAGUGGAAAUGGGCCUUAAUAAUAGAAUCAGUAUUCACAGUGUGACUAACCAAAAAUAUCAAAUUUGGGUCAUUCGAAGAGGAAAUGUAAUAUAUCUUUAUAAUAAAAAAUCCCAUCUUGAUCAACUUUUUCACUGUCAAAAUUUACGGAUAUGAUGUCAUUAGAUGAAUUGCAAAUUAGUUUUCCUUUGUUUUUUUUUGUACAGAAAAUUCACCUAAUGACAUCAUAUCCGGAAACUUUGACAGUGAAAAAGUUGAUCAAGAUGAGGUUUUUUACUAUAAAGAUAUGUUACAUUUCUUCUCAGAGUGACCCAAGUAUUACACAUACCAAAAAUUAUAUUUGGGGUUAGUCACACUUUAAGUAAAGCUAACCAAAGGUAAGAAAUCACUUUGGUUGAGUUAAUAUUUUGAAAAUAUAUUUUAUUGAUUUUUCGUUUAGGCUGGACAAGCCACAGAACCUGAGAGUUUAGUCCCCAUUUCUUUUCUGGCUGGGACUGAAGGACAGGUAGGACAAGACAGAGUUGCACAGGCCUUAAAAUAUCUUUUACAGGGCCAUCUGGCAAAAUGUCCGAUGAUUUUGAGUUUGAAUGCCACAAAUUAAUAUCAGUACAAUGUAUUAAUUCUGAACAGUAAAUCAUGUGAAGAUACUAAAGAAUUUGUGUCAUUCACACUUAUUUCCAAGCCAAAAUUAACUUGCUUGCCAAUAACAGCAAUAAGACUUCGACAACUUAAGCCCGUUUUCCACAUCACCAUUUUGCUAGCCACCCUGCGCUCGAUUGCAUUAUAUAAAACAACAUUUCCGGUUCAUAUUACUCUGAUUCUCCAUUCAACAUACGAGCCUCUUAGAGUCUAGUCCUGCACUAGGGUACAUUUUGAUUUACUUCGGAAAAAGCAAUUCGGUGGGACAUCAAUACACUCGGACAAACAAUAACCCCCCAGUUUCACUUGAGUCGGACUGAAUGUUCGGUGGUUUCUUCUCUACGUAGGGCAAUUUCAUGAGUGGGUCAGACAAUAUCCUUGACCAAGCGAUAUUUUAAGUCCAAUGGCGGACACUUCACGAGAUAUUGGGGGGCAAUUAGUUUGUCAACAUAUGACACCUUUUGUAGCUCCUAGGAAUGGACACAUAAGGUUCUGUUAAAUUGAUUUCAUUUUUCUUUAGAUAAUACUUGGCGGUGACCCGUACCAACUUGGCGCAGUACUUCGUUCACCAAUCUGUCAAACCUACGGUCUUAACAUCUCACUGUUAGAACGCCUCAUGACCCGCACACCAUACCUACGAGACGAGACGAAGUUCUCUAAUCAUGGCUGCUAUGAUCCUCUGGCUGUGACCAAGCUUAUCAAUAAUUAUCGUUCUCAUGAGGCACUACUGGAGUUACCUUCGAGGCUGUUUUACCAUGCUGAAAUGGUGCCGUGUGCUGAUGAGAAUGUCAAGAAUUGUCUGUGUGAAUGGGAUGUACUACCGAAUAAAGAUGGUUUUCCAGUCCUUUUUCAUGGAGUUAAGGUAAUUAUAGUGAGGUUUAGAUUUGACUUCCACUACCAUUAAGGGACCAUUAACCAAUCUGAUGCGUUUGGUAUAACUGAUUAACCAAUCAGAUGCGUUUGGUAUAGCUGAUUAACCAAUCAGAUGCGUUUGGUAUAGCUGAUUAACCAAUCAGAUGCGUUUGGUAUAACUGAUUAACCAAUCAGAUGCGUUUGGUAUAGGUGAUUAACCAAUCAGAUGCGUUUGGUAUAGCUGAUUAACCAAUCAGAUGCGUUUGGUAUAGCUGAUUAACCAAUCAGAUGCGUUUGGUAUAGCUGAUUAACCAAUCAGAUGCGUUUGGUAUAGCUGAUUAACCAAUCAGAUGCGUUUGGUAUAACUGAUUAACCAAUCAGAUGCGUUUGGUAUAGCUGAUCAACUAAUCAGAUGCGUACUAAGUAUUUGCCACAAUUUCUUAAAAUGUAUUUUCAAAACUCAUUUGAAGAAUAUAUGUGCUAAUUAUCCUUACUUACAGCAGCUGAGAACUACAUAUAGUAAGCUGAAUUGCGAAGGUCAACCUGAUUGAGUCGAACUGUCGAAGGCUUUCUAGGGCGCCUAUGGCAGCCACCUUAAAAUGACUCAUGUCAGAUCAUGGAACACAGCUACGGUGGAAGAGUCAGUUAGGGAUUUAUGUUUAGAUAUUGUAUAUUUUUAUUGUAUAUCUAUUUAGGGAGAAGAUUUACGCGAAGGCAACAGUCCAUCAUGGUUCAAUGCAGUCGAAGCUGUACAAGUUAUAAGAUAUGUCCACGAAUUACGAAAGUUCGAGAAACAUCCCGUAAAACUUAAUGAUAUCGGUAUCAUCACUCCGUAUAGGAAACAGGUAAAUGUAUUUGGAAACAUUGCAUUUCAUGUGUUACUCCUGUUUCCCCUCACGUGUGGACCAUAGCGAUUGCAAAAGAUAUUUAUUAUAUAAACAUAAGUGUUAUAUAGAGUUUUUGGCCACUGAGAAAAAUCGUAUUUGAACACACGUAAAAAAUACGAUAUUUUUACGUGUGAAAAUAUCAUUUGUUGUAAAACGCAUUGCCACGGACGUUUUAUUGUUUUUCACUGAAUUUUGUUUAUAUAAUAAACAGAAAAAUACAUGGGUGCUUGGAAAUAUCAGAUUUAUUUCUCGUGUUGAACAUGAUAUCUCACUCGUUCGCUGCGCUCACUCGUGAGAUAUCAUGUUCAACACUCGAAAUAAAUCUGGUAUUUCCGCGUACCCAUGUAUUAUUCUCUAUGUAUUUCAUUACUAAUAAAAUGUGAACUAUAUAUAACACUCGUUUUACAUGUGCUCGAAGCAACUGCUUAUACUUAUAUUGUUCCGCGAGUGUCCCACGCGUGAUUCUUGCGUAAUCAUAUAACUAAGGGCAGGGCCCCUACACAUGCAUCUUCUCUUCUCUCUCUCUCUUAUUCUCUCUCCUCUCUUAUUCUCUCUUUUCUCUCUUCUCUCUUAUUCUCUCUUAUUCUCUCUUCUCUCUCUUCUCGCUCUUCUCUCUCUUCUCGCUCUUCUCUCUCUUCCCUCUUCUCUCUUAUUCUCUCUUCUCUCUUAUUCUCUCUUAUUCUCUCUUCUCUCUCUUCUCUUCUCUCUUAUUCUCUCUUCUCUCUUAUUCUCUCUUCUCUCUAAUUCUCUCUUUUCUCUUUCUUCUGACCUCCAAAGCAUUUUUUAUUCUGCCGUAAGCCGAACCUCUGUCACGAGUCAUCGUUUAUUGAUCCAGUGAAACUUCAGGAGGAAACCUAAGCUAAACUAACCGACCAUCAGUUCUAAACUGUUCUUUCUUCGAUCAUUCUUUCAGGUUGAGAAAAUUCGGUUGUUGUUGGAUAGGCUGGGCAUGAGUGAAAUUAAAGUCGGUUCAGUGGAAGAAUUCCAAGGUCAAGAGAGACUGGUCAUUAUUAUUUCUACUGUAAGUAAUAGUGACUAAUUUCAAUCCGUCAAGCAGGGGUGGAAAACAUAGGCAAGACUGCUCGCAGGAAAUGUUAAACAGCUGCAGGAAAUUCGUUUUGAAUGAAGAUUUGCUAUUGAAAAUUUGAAGGAAACUUUAACAGCCAUGUCCCACUAUGGGCGCAACAACAUAUGGUUAAUUUAAUUUAUAAACUUUGCCGAUGAAACAGUACAUUGCAUAACAGGACAAAAACAAACUCAUUUAACGUACAUAAUGAAACACAGUACAUGACCACGGAUGGGUGACCGCAACAGCGAAUAACCAAUUACUGCGGGCUCGAAUAGCCAAUUACUGCGGGUUGACAGACAUUCCUUGAAUUUAAAACCAUGGUCAGCUAGAACACUACAGUAUAUGUUUAUGCACAUGCAGAUUUAGCACAAAAAUACUCCGUUGGUCUGCAGGAAAUUAUUUUUCCUGCCCUGCGGCGUCAAGACCAUUCUGUGAUGUAAACAGCUUCUUAUCGUCCAUUUUUAUUGUCUUGCUAUAGGUUCGAUCACGCGAAAACCUAAUUGGAUUCGACUACACUCAUAACAUUGGUUUCCUCAGCAAUCCCAAGAGAUUCAAUGUUGCAAUUACGAGGGCCCAGGCUUUGAUGAUCGUUAUCGGUAACCCGCAUGUCUUGGUACAGGUAGGAUGUAAUGUUGUGUGGUUAUGUUAUGGUUGAACACACGUGGAGUGUUUUAUCUGGUUGAAGAAGGUGUGGGGUAGCCCUUCGUGUUGGAGGGAGGACUUUGAUAGCCUGACCUGGGAGUUUUCGUUCACUUGACCUCACGUUGAAAAUGCAAACCUUUUCGGUUUCAAUAAAAAUAGCGCGUAUUCUCGGAACAUUCGUUCUGAGAACUGUACCCUAUUAUUUGUCUAGAGGAGGCUCUUUGGCAUCGAUGAGUUAAUGGGCUUAAGGCUUGUUUAGACAAUCAAACUUUCUGUGAUCACAGGAAGAUUUUUGGACAG